AAAAAGUAAGGGAGGGAGGAUGAACCGUGCAACUAUUCUGUAAAUGGGAGCACAUACAUUGCACGUGUACACACCAGUCGGUCCAUUGAAGAUGAAGUGGCUCGUCGCUGUCUUUGCUGCUAGCAUUUUUGUGGUGGAUGUCUACUGCGCCGAUGAUACAAUUCCCUGGUGUUAUCACGACCCGACGUGCAAUGAUACAACGUGGCCGCGAAUCGCUGCGAAUUUUUGCAACAGGAGCAGACAGUCGCCCAUCAACAUCGACACCCGCUUGGUCUCGGUCAACACCAGCCUGAACGAUUUCGUCUUCAUAAACUACGAUAACCCUUCCAUACUAGACAAUAUUACCAACACUGGCAAGACGGUCAAAGUGAACUUUAAACGCGGGGUGCAGAUUUCCGGGGGAGGUCUCUCCGAACCCUACGACGGCCUCCAGUUUCACUUGCACUGGGGCAACCUCAGCAACGUGCCCGGCGCCGAGCACGCCGUGGACGGAGUACGCGCACCCAUGGAGCUCCACAUUGUACACCUCAAAUCCCGUUUCGAAGGGAACACGACGUUAGCGGUCGCCGACCCCACGGGACUCGCCGCGCUCGGCUUCCGCAUCGAGGUAUUGCCGGACACUACUGGUCAACCUGCCAGCUGGAACACGCUCACCAACUACCUACGGAACAUCACACUGAGCGGUGAUAUCGUCAAUGUGACGGAAGGGCUCUCGCUGAACGACUUGCUCGUCGGGGUCGAUCGCACCGAGUAUUAUCGCUACCUCGGCUCGCUGACCACACCCAACUGCCACGAAGCCGUGGUCUGGACCGUGUUUAAGGACACGAUCAAAAUCAGCGCAGACUUGAUUGACAAGUUCAGCACAAUGCUGCAUAUCAAUAACACGAUCGAGUCGCCGAUCAUGGUUAACGUCUUCAGGCAAGUCCAGCCGGCGCUGUCCGUCACCACUCGGGCUAACGAACCGGAAACCGACGAUGCUCCCCAAUCUUUGGUCUCCCUGGGCCUGCUGGCCCUGUGCCUGGUACUUGGAAGAAGUUACUAACUUGAUUUUCUUUAGCCCCCGCAGAGAAACAAAAGCCAGCCCCUGCGAGCUCUUUAUAUUCCGACCAUUUUACCCCCCCACCCCACCCCACCACAAUGCGACCCCCACGGUGUGCCCACGUAACCUCAUCGACGUAUUCUGAAUGAUACUGCACUGAAUGCAACGUACCGUCUCAUUACUUCUGCAAAUUUUGAUGCAGGAUCGAGCGUGUCUUGUUUUUGAAAUAUGCCAAAAUGUGCAAGACAUCAUUUGGGCCUUUAACGGGCCGCUGCCAUCAAGACCUCACACUCCAAAUGAAGAUACCGUCGAGCGUAUGUAUUUGAUAUUUAUUAUCUUGAGUUGAUUCGGAUCAAGUUUUGCCCUGUAAUGCGCCACAUUUAUGCACAUGUAUCUGAACUAUUCUGUGAAUCUGUGCGUGUGUGUGUGUGCUGUGCAAGUGUUCAUAAAUACGGUUGUAUCGGAAAUUAUGAAGGUUUACACAAAAAAAAUGUGACGAAUCUGUGAGUUGUUCAUGAAGUCAAUGCAAAGUCGUGUACAGCUUUUUAUUUUACUCAAGGCUGAUAACGUCGCCUAUUACUAUCAAUAAAAAAAUAAAAAUAAAAAGUGUGCGCACGCCAUUUUGU